UAACGGUAGUUAGCCCCUUCCUAUGAAUAAAUAUCAUACUUGUUGUCAUUUAAUAUCACUUCAAGAUAUCUCACCACAGUUGAUUCUGUUUGGACAUUCUUUGGUUUGUUUUAAAUUGUCGCUAACAAUCAUAACCACCCCGGAACUACUAAAUAGUUAAGUCCGUCUCCGGGAUUCCCCCAAUGUGCGGUGAGUCAGCAGUCUGUUCUCAGAUACUUAUCUGUACUUGUGUAUAUACAGCAUAUGAUACUGUUGAACAGUUAGGAGUGGUUGUACAAAGACCGUGGCUAGCCAAACUCCAAACUAAAAUGGCGUCUGUGGCGACAGGAUGGAGUUUUCCGGAAGAUUCUAUGUCCUGUGGGAUCUGUCUGCAACCAUUCAAACGGCCAAAAAUCCUGCCGUGCGGACAUACCUUCUGUGAAGAGUGCCUCGUAGAGGCAGCUAGGGGAGGUCUUCGCUGUCCGACCUGCCGUGUUCGUGUGCCGUUAAAGGGUGGCGUAGCGGCCCUACCCAACAACUACCAAGUCACAGAAAUGUGCCAAAAGUUUUCCGAGCUUGCCGCAGCCGCCCGGGAUGCCACGCAACAGUGGGAUGCUACUUGCGAGAAUCAUCCACCAGAGAAGCUCCGACUCUUUUGCCAAACCUGUGAGGUACCCGUCUGUAACCAGUGCCUGGACGACAGCGCCCACAAAGGCCACAAGAACGUCAUCACGGUCAAACAGGCCGUCGAGAAAAGGAUGACCACCGUCACCCCCUUGCUGAAGGAGAAGAAGCGACAGAUAGAAGAACGCCGCCAGUACCUGGAGAAACUCAGCCAUCUCGAGGAGCAAGUCGACGAAGUCAAGAGUCAAGACGAGCAAGCUAUCACCGACUUGUACGAAGAAAUGGCGUGGCUACUUUCCGAAAACAAGCAGAAACGUCUUGGCGCCAUUCGGAAUGGCUACCAGUGCAGCAUGAGAAUCAUAAACGAAAGUAAAAGCGAGGUACAACAGCAGCUGCAACAGAUGAACAGCGUCAAGGAGGUGGAACAGGCCAUAGAGAACGCUGGGAUCGCGUUUCUCAGUGAUGAGCCAGAAGAGCUUCGCUGGAAGCUUGCCCAAAUCAGCGUGGACCCCCUGCCUGGUCCUCUGGUGGUCAAGGCCACCGUGUUCCACCCAGACGAGGUCAAGAGUGGACAACUGACCAUCGGGAGGUUGGGGACGCGAGAGUUCUCCAUGGAUACUCAGUGGAAGACUGUUCUGUACAAGUUUCUGUCUUCAGUUGGAAACGCGUGCUCUUACGGAAGAAGCAAAGAAGACGAGGAGACCACUAUCCCUCUCAUGGUGACCGAAACACCUGAAACUGUUUCUGAAUGAUUCUUUUUCGUCUUCAAAAUGACUGAGAAUACUUGAUUGAUAUUGAAA